UGCCUCGGCUUCGUUCACUGUGCAGGAUGUCUUUUUAGUGCAAAUGUAAAAAAUAAAGAAAUUUAAGCAACGUGCGUAAUAUAAUUGAAUUAAAUGAUAAAUAAGUCUGUAAUUAACCAUACAAAAUAAUAAUGUGAAUCUGAAUUGAAUUUUAAAAGAAGAAUAGAGUUGUUAUAAUAUACGCAUAUGAAGAAAAAAAAGUAUUAGCCGUCUGUCCCUUCUUCGAUUUUCUCGAGUAUAGAAAAAAGUGGUGUUCAAAGUCAAAAGAAGUUAUCAAAUAGAGAAACCGACAAAGGGGAAAACAUUUUCAUGCCAUAAUUUGUUUUAUUUAUGUAAAAAAGAACACAAUGCAGUGCUGCCUUGUAAUGGCGAAAGUAUCGAUAUAAUAUGCCUGGUGGGAAUGACAAGAGAAUGCCACAUACCUUUUUAAAAUUUGAAACAGAAAAAUGGAAGCAAUAUCCCAGAUCUCCUUGAUGUUGGUUCUAUUCCUUACUGUUGACUUUAAUCAUAUACAAUUAACACAAGUACAACAACAACAACAACAACAAUCAAAUGAACUAUACAAAUCAUCAUUGUUACCCCAAAGAGAAGAAGAAGGAUAUGGAGUGAGACAACGGCGAUCGUUUGUGGUGCAGGCGUCGCAAGAAGACAUAACCAAAUUAAAACAGCAACCACAGCAACAGCAUGUCAGCAACUAUCAUGAUAAUCCAACGACAUCAUGUGUCUCAUCGACCUUAGCCCAUGAACCGAGUUCGUCGUUUAUUCAACAUCCACACAAUCAAAAGCCCAUCAAGGAAACAAAUCGUUUCCUCUCACAUAUCCUAAAUCCAUUUGAGGCUUUCAGUUUGGGCUCCUCAUCCUCGAAGGAUGUCAACGAUGACGUGCAAGACCGCGAUAUACUGGCCGACUAUCAGGAUGACAAUGUGGCCUUUAUUAGUCCACUGUUUGUGGGUUCGGCGAAUGGUGGCGAUGGUGGUGAUUUAAAUGUCUUUAAAUUAUUCUGUGAGAACACAUCUGUAUCAAAUAUAAACGAAGAGUUGCGUUCCAAAAAGUAUAUCAAAUAUACUCACAUCACCCUGCAGCAUUGUUAUGAAAGCCCUGGUGGUGUUGGUGGUGGCCAAUCCUCCACCAAUCAUCUUAAGCUGCAGCAGUUGGAAAGUGUCCAUCAUUUCCAAUGGCUAGCCAGCGGCGUUCGAGAUCAGCAGCUGGAGGAUCUCUUUAAGAACUACGAAUCAAAUUUCGAGUAUUUGGAAUACCUGGAUUUGACCGACAACCAUAUUGCGUGUCUAUCUUGGAUAAGACCUCAGGUGGUGAGACGUUUAAAAGUACUUAAGCUUUCGGGCAACCAAAUAAAUUCGCGUCAGUGCAAUUUAUCUCCAUUGCAUCACACAAAUCUACUGAGAGAAUUGAGGUUGGACAACAACCAGAUGCAUUCGCUGAACGGAGCAUUUCUGAAUAAUUUAAGCGAACUAAAAGUUCUAAACUUAACGCAGAAUUUCAUAACAGAUUUGCCACGCAACACUUUUGACGGUGUGUUCAAGCUACAACGGCUCCAUUUGGCUCACAAUGCCCUGCAGGUGUUGCCCUUUCAACUAUUCCAUUCGAUGAGAGACUUACAAAUCCUCAAUUUGACCGACAAUAAACUAUUAUCCUUUCCCGAUAAUUUCUUUGCCCCCAACAGCGAGCUAAGACUGUUGCUAUUGCAAAGAAACAACUUGCAAAACAUAAACAAGAAUUCAUUUUUCAAUUUGCAAAAAUUGCUCCUUCUUGAUCUCUCGGUCAAUCAUAUAACGACCAUAGAUCGCAAGGCCUUCGAGUCUUUGAGUAAUUUAAUAACACUCAAUAUAUCCUCGAACAACAUUACGACUGUAUCGUCGAUUCUAUUCCAUCCGUUGCAACGGCUACAACAUUUAGACUUGAGCAACAAUCGUUUUACGCAAUUGCCCAGUGGCAUACUAAUGCAUCAGCGUAAUUUGAAAUCAUUGCGUUUGGAAUACACGCCAUUGGAGAAGCUUAACAACUUGUUGUCGCGUUCAGAUGCCGCUUAUGUGGAUCCAUCGAUACUUAAACAUCUGUCCUACCUAUCACUUCAACACAAUCCCGACCUGAAGAAACUCUCAAAGACGUUAUUCCUGAAUGCGCCCAAUAUUAAGGUUUUACUAUUGGCCCACAAUUCGUUGCAACAAUUGCCGGGCGAAAUUGCCUCAUUGCAACAGCUGGAACGUUUAAAUGUGGGCCACAAUCGAUUGUCAUUCUUACCGGAAUCCCUACGAUAUCUGCCAAAGCUGCGAUUUAUAAAUAUUUUGAACAAUGCCUACAUUUGUAAUUGCAAGCUUUACUGGCUGGCCUCAUGGUUGACAUCCAGCAAUAAUACACUGCGCUUACAUCGCCACUCCCUGUAUGCCUCAAGUUAUCUCCUCGACAGUCAUGACGAGAGCGAGGAGUUUACCUCCUCUGAAAAGGCUGAAGAUUUAGAUUUACUAAUUUCAUCACUGAAAUGUCUACAUGGCUAUCCUGGCGAUAUGAUUGCUAUACUGAAAGGUUUGAAUUGCACCAAACCGAUGCUACUCAACUCGACGGAUUUAAAAAUGCACGAGCUACACUCAACAGCCAAGCUAGAUUGCACAUUUUCGGGAAGCCCAGCGCCAGAUGUUAUAUGGGUUACGCCAACGAAUAAAAUACUUCGGUAUCAUGCUGAUCCGGACAAGCGGCCCAUUAUUAUCAAUCACAAUGAUAAAGAAUUGGGUAAAUUUGAAUUUAAUUCUUUAACGAACGAGGAGACAACGCUAAAUGUAAGCCUUCAACGCCAAGAUGUGAAAGAGCGUAUUGCUCUCAUUGAGAAUGGUUCAUUGUUGAUAAAUAACAUAACGCGACGUGAUAGUGGCCUCUACACAUGCUAUGCAUACAAUGUCAUGGGCAAUGCUUCGGCCUUCAUUAGAUUACAAAUAGAUCCCAUCAUUUUUUAUCGCGUCAAGAUUGGAAGUUUGCUUACGGGCACAGCAGCCGCCACAGCCUUUUUGCUUUUGACCCUAAUCGUCCAAGGUCUAAGGGCAUUGCUUAACAAAUAUGGCAUUUUUGAUAGAUUCUAUUGCUGCGCCAAUCGAAAUAAGAAAUCGCCAAGAGCUCGUCAGAUUUACGCCAUGUUGGAUAGUAUUGAGAGUUAUAAGAGUCAACAAUUGGAGCGUUUAAGAGAAAACUAUGCUCAGCAAGUUCAUCGCAUUCGUGAAAAUUGUACUCAGCAAGUGGAAUGGAUUCAAAGUAGUUACUCAUCUCAGGCAAAACAUUUGAAAGAAUUCCGUGAUAUGGGCUCAAAUCAUUUGACUGCGCUUAAGGAUCAAUAUUAUGAUCAGGUGAAAAAGGUUCGUGAAUAUUCCACCGGUCAAUUGAAUUGGGUACGCGAAAAUUAUGUCUUCCAACGCAAUAAAAUACGCAAAUUCAGCGCUCAUCAAGUAUUGCGUCUACGCGAAGGUUACAAAUACCAACAGCAGACAUUGAAUAAAGUUCUCGAGAAUUUACCCAGUUUCUAUUUUGAAAAUUGUCGUGGUCGUGGCGAAGAAGACUAUGCCGAAGGAGAUUUUGACAUCUAUUUGAAAACUAAAAUGGCAUGUAACGAUCCAAACCAACUUAACCAUCACCAUGUCACAGCUUUAUAUCCCUCAUUCAAUUCCAAAGAUGUCAAAGAUUUACAAAAACUCAAGUCGAAAUUGAUGGCCAAUAGUUCAACAAGUAAAGCUUCCAUCUACUACACACCACCGGAAGAAGAACACAAACGUUCACAAUUGAAUUUACAAACAUCUCCAAUACACAUAAACUACAUAGAUGAGAAUCUCGAUCACCGCAAAUUCGAAUUGGAAAAUUUCAAAUUCAAACAACAGCCAUUUUUGAUUAACACCCCAUCAGCAACACAGCAACACGAAGAGAGUCCAACCACCUACAAUAAUUUGGCAAACAAUUUGAAUGGUUUAAACGAUGAGACGACACUGGCAUUGUGUCAAUUGAAAAUAACUGCAGACCAUCCAGCCGGAGCUGGUAGCAUUGAAGAUAAUCACUAUGCAGCUACACUGGUGGAGAAAUUCUUACCAGACGGUAAAAUGCAAAGACAUUCGGCCUAUUAUGAAGGUAAUGCUGCGGGCGACAGUAGCAUGGAAUUAAAUGAAAUGUGCGAUUUUAAGGACACUAACGAUGUAAAAAAUUCCAAAUCCUGCCCUGCUAUUUAUAAAAUUUCUAAACAACGCGAUGGCACCACAUUACACGAACUGCUUACCGAAGACCUCAAAAAAGGGCUGCGCCUAAACGCUCCCACAAGCUUGGAAGAACAGGAGAGCGAGACGCCGCUGCAUCAUAAACCGAUCGUUGAAGAUAAGCUUAAUAUUAUUUUAGAUGAAAAUGGCAAAUCCACCCUUUUCAACGCUAUCACAAAAGACACUAUCUUGGCGGAGAGUCCUGACUCGGCCACAGCAGUCGCCAACAGAUUUCUGAAUAACACGGCAAACAUUUUAGAAGCAACAACAACACAGCUGACUGCUGGCUCAAAUGCAGCCUACGAUUCGCUCAGUUCUGGUUUUGCCAGUUCCAAUAAUGCCGAUGAGAACUCUGCGUCCCAAACAACAUCCUCCUCCUGUUCCUCCUCCAUUUUGCCAUCAUCAUCGUCCUCAUCAUCCGGCAACUCUUCGUGUCCCACAAAUGCCCCCUCCUCACCCUAUUAAGUUUAGUGUAGCUAUUUUCUAUAAUUUUCUCUUAGAGUAAUUAUCUUUUGCCUAUCCCCUUUACCUCCAUCUCUCCGGCUGAAUACCUGUCCUAAAUUAUACGUUUACAAAUUAUUACCGCAAUGAAUAAGAGAAAUUGUACUCUUCUGUUCUGUUUAUUAUUCAAUUUACGUAAACUAAUCUAAGGAAAAAGGAAACAAACAACCAGAAGUAGAAUUUUUAUUAUUAUCGAUAAUAAAAUAAUUAAAGUAUUUAUUGUGUAAUGCACACACACACACACACACCCACAUACACUAGAAUACGUUAAAAAAAAAACAUUCUCUCAAGUUGAAAUGAUGAUAUAAAUUCCAUAUAAAAAUAUUAAUAAAAUUUCAAAUAUAAACAAAGAGUCAGUUUUUGUUAACAAAAAAAAAAAGUAAACAAAUUUAGAGUGUGUUGAAUGGGAUCUUAUGUACUCGUUUGAAUUCCCUUAAAUCCCCUUCCUCAAACCCCAUAUCCUUUUUCCAUGGUGUUUCCACCACCAAGACAUUAUACACACACACACACAUACACAUACAAAAUAAAAAGGCUUAUGUAGUAGAUUUUAAACAAUCAUUUGUACAAGAAAAUAGAAAUAAAACAAACAAAAAAAAACAUUAUUAACAACAAACCAAAAAUCCCGAAAAUCAAUUUUAGGACGCUCAUUCUAUAAAAAAAGCUCUAAUAUUUCACGCAGCGUAUAAUCUGAAAAAUAUAUGUAUGUAUGUAUAUCAUUUUGAUUUAUUUAUGUAGAUGAAAUUUAAAGAUCAAAAAAAUUUUAACAAACAGAAACCAACAAAAACAUAGAAAAACAAACACACACACAUACACACACACAAAACCUCAUUUAAACUCUCCCUUGCGAUUCGGUUUGAAGACACAGAAAAAACUGUAGCGUAUUCUGUGAGUUUAUAUAGAAAACAAACAAACAAACAAACUUACUCUAUCAAAUGGAACACUAAACAAAUCAUAUAUUAAUGAACAAAACGAAUGAUAAAACAAGAAAAACAACAACCAUGUGUCUGAUAAAUGAAAUUUCAACAAUAAAAGGAAUGAGUUAAAAAACAAAAACACAAACCUACUACUUACCAUCAAAACAAUUAUUAAA